GCCCAACAUCCGUCAAUAAAGCCAUAUGUCUUCUCAUCAACCUUCGUGGUACUAAUCUUGAAUAUUCUGUAUUAUAUAUUUUAUUAAGCACAGUUACGGCUUGGGAGUAAAGAGCCAUGGACCCUGGAACUGCAUUGGGGACUGUCUCCCUAAUAUUCCAAGUUUUUGCCGGCUGCAUGAAAGGCUGCCAGCUUCUAUUGGAAGCCAAUGACUUUCCGUAAAAAUAUGGAUAUCUUUGGCAUCGCCUCCACCUUUAACAGCUUAAGCUACUAGACUGGUGGCACGCAUCCGGCUUCACGGUUGAUUCAACAACACAACCCAAGGUACUCAGCUGGAUGGAAAACGGCAGGCCACCGUCGAGACUUUAACCCAAAUCAGAGCUUUGACCCUUGAGAUCUGCCUAAUCAAGGAAAGAUACAACCUCGCCUUGAAAGUUGACGAUGAUCGAGGAGAGCCUGCCCUGAACCCAAUGGGGUUGGAUCCAUUUAAUAAAUGAUGGGCAGGAAGGAGAAGCUACGCCGGAAGACUAUUGAAUACGCAGAUACGCUGCUGAAGUAUCCUACGAGACUCCGUUGGGUCGUAUUCGACGCAACCAAAUUCGAAAAACUGCUGGCCAGGUUUUCCGAAUUAAACAAUUCGAUGCAUUCUAACCUAGAACUAGAGCAACGACGGGAACAUUUUCAACUUCAAGAAGCUACACAAUUACAGGCUCUACAAGUACACGACAAAUUAGAUCAGGUUGUUGACCUUGUUCGAUCGCUCCGCUUACACGUAGAUCACGGUCAGGGGGUUUUGGAGCGAGAUUCCAAUGGAAAAACAACAUUCAACAAUCUCAAGCAGCUAGCCCGUUUCAAAGCUAUAAUUUGGCGAUUUGCGAUAAGAAUUCGUCUUACGAAGAGGAUAUAGAAGACCUGAUGAUGAUGAUGAUGAUGAUGAGAACGUUAACGUCUAUUGGUGGCUAUAAGCUAGGUAGCUACAGCAGGCGCAUCUAUGGCGCUUUAGACGUCUAGAGUACCUCCUCCUUUAUAGGAAGAGAUAGAGCUAGAUUUUCGCCUGACAUAAGAGAUUUUCCACUUCCUAUCCCUAGCCCUAACCUACCUAUAGCAUUACUUUACCUAGUUAACGCUGACGCCAGGUAGCCGACUUUUGAUCAGAGGAAAAACCGUCGAACAAGCUUUCUUAUAACGGAGAUGGAAUCACCCUCAGCGCCCAGCAGUGCCCAAGGAAAAACCUGAAGUCGGACCAUUUGGUUUAACCACAGUGGCAUACCUACCUACCUAAUAAAUGCUACUAAGGUUGCCAGUCAGCUUUUUCUAGACAGACUUUAAGCCGGCUAGAUUUAACGUCAACUAAUACAUGCGUCAUUGGCGGUUGCAUUCCCACGUGUCCUGUCUAGGGGCAUAUAUGAUGUUUCAAGCAAUCUGUACAGUGAGUCAUCCUCGG